CCAGCCUCGUCGUCACAUCUUCUUAGCAAAGCUGCCCGAGGUGGCUUAACGAGUGUACAGAUUGUUCAAAUGAAUCCAUUUUAGGUCCCUGAAAAAGACUCGGCAAACCACAGCCAACAGUCGUCAAAGUAGAAUUGGACGUGACAAGCACGGAAUCAACUAACCAGGCAGUUGCGAAAGUCGGGGAGUGCUUCGGAAAACUAGACAUCCUCGUAAACAACGCGGGAUGGCUGGAAAUCGGAGCUCCAAUACACGAGAGCGAUCCUAUGUCCUGGUGGCAAAGCUUCGAAGUCAACGUCAAUGGGGUGUAUCUAUCAACAAGAGCGUUCUUGCCCUUGCUGCUUACAACUCCUCGCUCCUCGUCGUCUCGACAAAUCAUCAAUCUUACUAGCAUUGGAGCUUUGAUGAUUAUACCUGGGAUGUCCGCAUACAACACAGCCAAGCUUGCCAUCUGUAGAUUUACCGAGUAUACAGCGGCUGAGUAUGCGGAUCAGGGCGUCAUUGCUAUCAGUCUUCAUCCAGGAGGUGCAGCUACGGACAUGGGACUUAGCCUUCCGGAAGAACAUCAUACCAGCUUGACCGAUACCCCAAAGUUGGCAGCAGACACGGCCGUCUGGCUGAUGAAGGAGAGACGAGAGUGGCUCAACGGUCGCUAUGUAAGCUGUCAGUGGGACUUACCAGAGCUUGAGGUCAAGGAAAAGGAGAUCGAAGAUAGAAAUCUUCUCAAGAACAAGAUGCUUGUUUGAGAAAGACGUCGUAUGCAAAGGUAGCAGGAGAUACUCGUAGAGCUUUUAAUCUGAAUUUCAGAUGUUUCUCGCACAGUAUUUCUUUACGAGGAAGUGGUGAAAAUAUAUCGCGUUUGACGAAUUUCCGG